AUGAACAUACAAUCUGCCUACUUCGCGUUGUACAUUGUCGUCCCAAUUCUUGGAAUUGGUCUCAAUUGGUAUGUGCUUUGGAGACUGCUGCGGAUUGCCAGGCGGAGUGCUAUCCGAUUUGAAACGACUUCCGGGCUUCCUUUGGCUGCAAUGUCUGCUGGUGAUUCGGUUACAUUACUGGCACAGCUUGUGCAGGCACUGUUUCACAGUAUUCCGAAAAAUGGGCUGCCAACGUGGCUGCUGAGUGGGACGUGUAAGGUAAGCAUACAUUACAGUAACAUUACAAUCGAUUUAUAUCUAAUGCACACGACAUCGGCAUUCUCAGUGUGGUGUUGGCUGGCGUUGUCUAUUUUGAGAUACACAGCGGUAUUCCAUCCAAUAAAGUAUCGAACGAUUUGGAGACAACCAAGAAAUGCACUGAAGUAA